UUUAAUAAGAAUGAACAGCGACAGACGAAGCUACUUUUAACACGUACAUUUUUGAUAGCAGUAGAAUACGUUACAUCUCGCGCGUAACUACUUUCGAUAAAUUUCUCGACGAGAUAUUUCUUGAAUUUAUUUUCGACACGUCGGAUUAAUUAUUCGAUACGAAUGCGAUGCAUGUUACAUUUGCCCUUAUCUGCUUUUUCCAAUACAACGCUACCUCACACUGUUCAAUUUGCCAGGCCAACUUUCCGCCCACACGGAGAAAAGACGACUUUGUGAUAACGCCGUCAAAAUAAACUAAAAUAUAUAUAUACACGUAAGAAUGCAUAUGAAUAGGUGCCGAAGCAAUAGAGCUCGCAAUACAACGAUUGUGACGUGAGAAGCACAGGAUUUCCAACGAAGUUUUCCUGUUGUUCAGUCGUCCUAAAGGGACAACUAGAACGCCGUGAGAGGGUGGGAGUCUCUAUAUUAAAUCAUGGCGAGACUUCUGCUGAAAGCCAGUCGUUCGCGGAGCGUUGGAACACACAUGAAGGGUCUGCUCUGUGUCCUCCGAUUGUUAUAAGGACUAUUUUUCCGUCUACUGUCUUCUUCGCGUUGGAUUGUGUUGGUUCGUCGACUUCACGCAUUGAUAAAAACUGGAUAAAACCACUUGACGUAGCUCUGUGGAACACUUUGAUGCAGAUAAAUUUCAAUUAAUUUGAAUUUUUCGCUGAAGAAAGAAACUGUUUGGGAAGAACUCUCGAAGAGGGAUCUGAUUGUAAUCGAGAAGACGGAAUAGGCUAGAGAAUUGAGAAAAGGAAUAAAAAAAAUCCAGAGUCGAGACCUUCUUAAAUAUUCCUAUUUCGCCGGAAAAAAAGCCGGUUUCAAGAAUGAAGCUAACUGCAUUAAAAUUGAUGUUGUGCCUGUUUACAACACUACUACUCGCAGUGAUCGCCUUCGGAUAUCCCGCCAGCAACAGCGAAGCAGCGAUCGAGAACAUGAGGCAGAUUCCACAAUGGCAUUGUCUCCGCUAUAGAAAGUUUGAUUUUGUCCGUCGCUGUCGGAAUUAUCGCUCAGGAAGAAGACACUGACAAAUGGACAUUCAAUAUGAUCCACGAUUGGCAAUACAUUAUGGCAAAUUUCGUCGUCCAAUCGUACAGAACACUCCGUUUCAACUCAUUAAAUUAAAUAAAUUUAGGUUUAUUUAAAUUAAAUUUAAACAUAUUAAAUUAAAUUAUA